GUCAACAUGUUUUUCUACUUGCAUGGACGCGCACACAGAAGUCAGAAGCAUUGACAGACACAUCAUAUUUAGCUUACGUUGAUUGGACUAAAUUGUUUUUGUUAUCUUUUAGUUGUCACUGUAUUAGACUAAGCAUAGGGGAUGUGAUGAUGAAAUGUUGCUGGAAUAGUGACGGCAGCUUCUGUUUUCUUUGAACUCUGUGGUUCUAAAUCAAUAGUAGUUUAGUGGUCUGAAAAUGUUAACAUUAACGGGCUUAACCAUGCUGUAGGUCAUGUAACUCUGUUACUGUACAUGCAAUAUGCAUUGUGGACUGCACUGGACAGAGGUUGCUAUCGGGUUUUGUGAUAAAACAAAGGUAUGGUUACAUUUAUUCUGCCACUGUCUUAUUGUCUCUGCCUUUAGGCCUAUAAUAUAUAUACACAACGCGAUUAUCACAACACCGGUUGUAAUAUGUUUUUUGGGGGGAGAGGGGCAAGGCUAGGCUUCCCCAGUGAUGCAUAUGUCAAAAAAAAAUGUACGCUACUGCUCUAUGGCAGGAUUUCCCCAAACUACAUCCUGCCCCUAACAGAGCUGAUUCAAAUAACCAACUCAUCAUGCUUUGACUAUUUGAAUCAGCUGUGAUGUUCUAUGGCAAAAACAAAAAAACGUGCACCCAUGGGGGGACCCCAGGAAGGGGUUUGGGAAAACCUGCUCUUUGUGGAGGCCGUGACCGACCUCACACUCCAGUACAGUAGGUGGCGGUGUAUGUACCUUUCAGUUGAUGGUGAUCUGCCAAUAUACAUUUGAAGAAGUAAUAGUAAACGGAAGUGAACUGCCCAAUAAUCAUUUCCAAGUUAGCGUUUUUAUUGUUGUUAUUAUUCAGACAUUUACGCCAUGGAAAAAAAUACGUCUCAUUUAACUGCACAGCAUCACAUACUUGUCCCAGGUAGUCUUUAAUUCGCGUUGGUGACCGGACUUGGUUGAUGUUAUCUAGGUAACGCUUACUAGCUGCUAACGUUAGCUAACAAUGGCUGACUGUAUGGUUUUUCACACGCAAAUAGCCUCCAUUAUGGAGGUGUUAGCGAAUGCAGCAGUGACAGAGGUCUGUAAACUCGUAGACGACGACUAUGCAGUGUUUCGUUUGGAAAUAACUCAAAGCCAGAAAGAAAACAGGGUAUUGCGGAGGAAACUACAGCAACUGGAACUGAAGGUGGCACGGGAGCGCGCAGAGACAAUGCAAGAGCGCGGCCUCGCCAUUCGUCCCAGUAGUGUCAAGAUCCUCGACCGAUACAGAGGAAUGGCAAGAGGUGAAGGACAUCUCACUGGAGGCCACAGGAGCUUUGUGAAGCCAGCGGAACACAAUACAUGGAGAGAUGACCAACCAAUCACUGUUGAUGAGGGGAGUGGAACCUCAACCCAGCAUGUUAUCGUGAUAGAGUCAGCAGAUGCUGCAGGUCCUGGGGUUAAGCAGGAGAGGCCUGAAGGAGAGGAGGACCCAUGGCACAGCAGAGACAUCCAGACUGGAACGGCUGGAGUGCCCCCUGUAGCCAGGGAUGACCGCGCCACAGUGCAGCCCAGGACCCAACGCAGCAUCACGGAGGAGGAGGAGGGUCCAGAGGUACUGCUGGUGAAGGAGGAGGGGUGUGAGGAGAGUCUGGGGAAUCCUGAGGGGAACAUGGUCACGGAGGACAACCAGACUACACCUCCUCCUGAACCCACUGAGCAGCACAGGACCACACACAGUCUCACUGAGUCAGUAGACAUGGAGGAAGGGAAGCCUGAUCUGCUGCUGGUCAAAGAGGAGACGAUAGAAGACGGACCAGUGAGCAUUGAUCUGCUGAGUGGACUAAAGAUGGGGGAGCAAAGUGGUUGGCUGGAGGCUAACAGAGGAGACUGGGUGGCCAUCUUGGAUACCCAGACAGGUGCAACCAAGGGCUCAGGUGACAACAUCACUGAGCAGGCCAAGACCAGAGGCGACAUAGUGGAGGUCAGUGGAUGGGACAGCGUCCUCAACUCUGGGCUGGGGAACAACACUGUUAACCACAACCAGAAACAGACAGUCAAACACAAAGCAACAUCUGAACUUAGUCUCCAUGACAACAGACUGGCUGAAACCAGGCGUAGAUUUGGUCUGCGGGGACGGGGCGGUGUCAGUAUGCAGCAGGAGAGAACAGACACAGACUCUACUAGCGAUGCUCCGUCCUGCUCCUAUAGUUGUGAUUCAGAGAGACUGAUGGUGCCUCAGCUUAACCCCCUAACAGGUGCUGCCUUCAGCCUGCCUUCUAUAGGAUCUAUCAACUGGAACAUGGACCCUGCAACAACACAGACACUCCCUGGCCUUCAUCCUCCUGACACUCUCCUGUUAAACCAGACCUCAGACAAUGCCAGUGCCUCAACACUAAAUAGCUACACAAGCCCAUUGACAAAUGACAGUAGUAGAGACGCUAUCAGUAAAGGUGGUAGUGCCAAAGAGAAGCGCUUCCCAUGUUCGUUCUGUGGGAAAGCCUUCAGUUUCCCCAAACAGGUGGAGAUUCACCAGAGGAUUCACACAGGGGAGAAACCAUUCAGCUGCCACCUAUGCCAGGUCAGUUUCUCCCACUCGUCCAGCCUGAAGAGGCACCAGAGGGUCCACACAGGGGUGAAACCCUUCAGCUGUACCCAGUGUUACAUGCGCUUCGCCCAGGCUGGUGACCUGAAAAGGCACCAGAGGGUCCACACAGGGGAGAAACCCUACAGCUGUACCCAGUGUGAGAAGAGGUUCUCCCACCAGCACAAGCUGAAGAUGCACCUGAAGGUCCACACGGUAGAAAUGCUGUUUGCCUGUACGCACUGUGGGAAGAGGUUUUCAGAGAAGAGCUACCUCAGGAUACACCAGCAGAAACACCAUAACAUAGAAUGUAGCCUUUUCACUCGUUAGACGUUUAGAUCGAAUCCUGCAUUAAAGACAAAGAUACAUUAAUUGUCAGCAGAAAAUAGCCACAGAUGCAUUUGGAAUAACAAUAGUAACAUAUUUCAGUGUUGAAUAUUCCUGGGUAGAAUAUUGCAUCCAGACAUUGUGUGAUAUAUAAGCCUAACGAGUCUGUUUCAGAUUGUGUUAAUACUGUGUAGGCUAUAUGAUGUUCACAAAUGCCUAUUUCAUUACUUCCAUUCAACUAUUAAAUGUUUUUCCCAAGACACUUUUUAAUGAGAAAAUUAAUAAAGUUCAUGAAGUUUAUGCAGAU